AUGCAUAAAUCUAAAAAGAGAGAAGAUCCAAAUAAAGUGAUUUUAGAGGUUCAGACCACUGAAAUUGCAGAAACAGAUACAGCACAGCAAGAAGACAUGACUUCAACUUCUCCAAUAACUACUAAGUCUGAGGUGGUGACUCCUAGUGUUUCAGUACGUGAAGUACGAUUUUCAGGUUCUACUGAACACCAUGUAAUUGAGUACACAGUUUCUGAAGAAUCAAAUUUGCAGGAAGAGGAAGAUGAAAGGGAGCAAAAAGGAGAAAAGAAGCAAAUACCUAAUUAUCUGAGGAAAGAUUUUGGGAACCGUGUUAGAUAUGACCCAACAGUACCAAAGGAUGACAAUGCUGUAAGACAUAUUUUAAGACUAAAAGAGAAGCUGAAUUGGAAAACUGAGUUAACAGAACGUGGGUUUGAAGUAAAAAAAACUAAAGAGAUACAUCUGAAGACUCCAUUUAUGGAAUCAUUACAUAUUAAACAUGAUGGAGAAUAUGUAUAUGGACUUCUAAGAAAUAGAAACAAUUGCCGAGCUCUUUAUAACCCAUAUGAUAUUCAAGUGGUUUCUACAAAUGAAGCUAGAACCUGCCAAGUUUUUUGGGUUAUUACAGCUUCAUUUGUCUCAAAGGUUAUUCGAGUAGGUAAGACAGAAGAAGUAGAAAUGACACCUGUCUUGGAAUGGCUUGUGGAAAGAAAUCACUUCAUAGCAUUUCAUAAAAUUCCUUUCUUUUCCAAAUUCCGAAUAAGAAAAUCAUUUAUCACCUGGAAAAACAAUGUUCAAAGAAGUAAAACAGACAAGAGCAAAUUGAUAUUGUACAAGCAACUUUUUUGGGCUGAUAAAUUAUUUCAAAGAUGUUUGCUUCAAAUACGGAACCUUUGUGAAAAUGCAAGUGACCUCAAAAAAGGCAGACUCCUUGAGGACAAUCCCUCUGCAAUCCUUCUGGUUAAACUGGACCAAUACCAUACAUACUCUCUAGAAGAGUUUUGUGAGGAGCAGUUACAACAGACUGUACAAGCACUAAAACAGCUGGAAGAACUUAAGGAGAAAAUCAUUUUAGUGAUUAAAAGUACAUUUUUACAGGUUGCAGAAAGGAAGGGAAUAAAAAGCUGUUUUGAGCAUGAACCACUUGAAAAUAAGCUAGAACAUCUUAAGGCACCUAUGCAUCGUCAUAUGAUACAAAAAUUUUGAAGAUUUCUUAAAUUAGUUGACCAUAUAUUCCAAGAACUGAUCCGACAGCUGGUGCAGACUGCAAUUAAACUAUUUUUGGAUUUACUUAUUAAAUCUAGCAAAGUGGGAUGUUCAGAAGAAAAAAAGAAUAAUUCAAUAAAAAUAAGAAAUAAGAAAACUAUAUUGCAUUUUAUGUCUCAUUGUAAAACCACAGUGCUGCUGCUGAUUAAUGACACUUGUCCAUUUUUUCAUACAAAUUACUUUCAUAUGUCCAAGAAUCUCAGUUUGAAAAAAGAAUCAAGUAGGCAAAAUGAGGCAGUAUUUGAAGUACAUAUACAUUUGAAAAUUCCUCGAAAAACUUUUUAUAUGGGGGAUGAUUCAUUUGACAGUGUUCCAGAUUCCUUAUUUGAGCAUGACGGUUUUCAACGCAAACUUUCAGAGCCUUUGGAUGAAAUGAAAUUAAAUAAUCCAUUCGAUGUUUCCACCAAAACAUUAGAUGUACUAUUUUCCAGAAUUCCCAGAAGAAAACAUAAAUUACGAUCUAACACUGAAGAAAAACUUUCUGAAGAAAAAUCUUCAGUGGACCAAGAAGACAGCUACAUAAUGAAGUAUAUAGACGUUCCUGAAUUCCAUGCAAAUCUCUUCCUAACUCCCAACAGAUUGGAAUUUUCCAAGAAAAUUCAGGAAGUGAUAAAUAAUUUUGAAAAAUCUCUAACUCACUUUAUUCCUUUCAGUCAAGAUCAGCGCCUGUUUAUCUUUUUCUUUGAUCCUAUGACUAUGCAAAUACCUAGUGAACAAGAAUUGGAGAGACAGAAAAUACUGACAAGAUGGCCAGAUUACUCUGUCCUGUUUGAAAUGGAUCCUGCCUACCAAAGCAACAUUGUGAACCUUCUGACCAUUGUUGGUAAUUCAACGGCACGAGUUGAAUGUUAUAGCCACCAAUUUCUUCGAUUUUGUACCAUGGUAGAACAAGCAAAGAAAAUGGCAUACAAAAUAUCAAGACUACAAGAACAAUUAACCUCAAGUGAUUUUAAAGAUAUCUUGGAUGUAUACACAGACUAUUUUAGAGAUGUUGUUUAUAUGGCUGUUGAAAAACGCAUUAAUAUUAUCAAGGUUGUAAGUCUUGAAUAUCAGUCAAGCUGCUUACCCUAUAUUGAAAAUGUCAUUAAAAUGAGCCAUACACUGUUGGAGUCCAUGAUUCAAGAAAAGAAUACAAGCCUCUUUGCAGUUAUCCAGUCAUCAUUGUUAAAGCUUGACAGUGAACUCACAGGCGUGGAGGAAUUUGUGGAACACUUGGCUUUCUUAGAUUAUAUUUCUUCAAAAAUGCCAUCACUAGAUAGAGAAUAUUAUGUUAUCUCCCAAAUGUAUUCAAUCACAAAACACUACAAUGUCAAUAUUUCACCAGAGCAAGUUGCACUGCUUCAGGUCCUUCUUUUCAAAUAUAAUCAACUUAAAUCAGCUUUUAAAUUUCAUGAAUCAAAUAAGGAUAACGCUAUUAUUAAGUUCAAGUCAAAUCUGGAUGAGUAUGUGCUCACUCUGCAAAAUAAAGUUAGAGACUUGAGGGGCAAGGUAAGAAACCCUGUUCUUACACAUCCUGCUACUAGGCCAGUAACUGCCUUGGAAAUUAUUGAGUCCCUCUCAGAAUAAACUUCAGUUCUAUCCAACAAAGCUCAGACUUAUUCAAAUUAUCAAGAUCGUUUUGAGAGUUCUACUGCAAUGAGAACUGUAGCUUUAGAGCGAAAUAUUGCACACACUGUGAUGUCAGAGAUCUCAGAAAUUGAAUGUGACUUAACUUUGAGGAAAAUAUUAUGGGAAGCACAAGUGGAAUGGGGGAAUCUGUCUCAUGUGUGGAAGAAUAGCAUUUUUGCCAAUAUUAAUGUAGAUUUCAUUCAGAAGAGUGUUACAAGAUGGAUGCAUAUGAUUUAUAUGCUAGAUAAAGGCUUACCAAAAAAUUCUGUGGUAACAACUCUUAAGCAAUCAGUGAUGGAUUUUAAACAAGGCUUGCCUACUAUAGUCGCCUUGGUAAAUCCUUGUCUUAAAAGUCGGCAUUGGGAGGCAAUCCAGGUGAUUAUCGGGCAGGCACUUACUUUGGAUAGAGAGAGCACGGUGAAGCAACUUCUGGAGCUUGAAUUGUAUCGAUACGAAGAAAAAAUCAUUGAAAUAUCAACAGUAGCAACAAAUGAAGCUGCUUUGGAAAAAAUGCUGUUUAAGAUUAUUGAGCUAUGGAGCAAUACUCCCUUACGUUUGAUUCCCCAUCAGACAGAUGCUUUCACGAUCCUUAUUAUUUCAUCCAUAGAUGAUAUAUUAGCUCAGUUAGAGGAGUCUCAAGUUAUAAUUGCAACAAUUAAAGGAUCUCCCUAUCUUGGGGCAAUGAAGUCUCUUGCAGAUGAUUGGGACCAGAAGUUGGAUGUCUUCUCUCACACUUUGGAUGAGUGGAUGACAUGUCAAAGAAACUGGCUUUAUCUUGAACCCAUUUUUCUUGCUCCUGAAAUACAAAGGCAGCUUUCAGCAGAAGAAAAAUUCUUCGCUGAUGUAACUUCGAUAUGGAAAGAUAUAACAUCAAGAGUGGACAAUAAACCUGAGGCUCUGAAAAUAGUCAUAUCAAUAGGAAUCCUGGAUAUGUUGCAGGCAACCAGUAUGCAUCUUGAAAAAAUUAAGAAAAGUCUUGAGGAAUAUCUUGAAGUGAAGAGAAUGAUUUUCCCAAGAUUUUACUUUCUUAGCAAUGCUGAACUCAUUGACAUUCUGGCUAGCAAAAAUCCCGAGGCUAUCCAGCCUCAUCUUAUGAAAUGUUUUGAGAACAUAAGACAGUUGUUUAUAUGGAAAAAAGAAAUAGGCCCUCCUCUGGUCACGUUGCUUAUAUCAGCGGAAGGUGAAACACUUCUUCUGCCAAAGAAAGUCCGUGUAAGAACUGCCGUAGAACAAUGGCUGGUAAAUGUGGAAAAGAACAUGUUUGAUAUGGUAAAGAUGUUUAUAAAUAAAGGAAUUAAUGAAUGGGACCAGGAAAAUUUUAGAGAAUGGAUACAGACUCAUCCAGGACAAGUGGUGCUUGUUGUGGUAAACCAAAUAAUGUUUAAUAUGAACUGUACUGAAAGUUUUAAGAGUUCUGAGCCAGCCUUGACAUUGAAACAAGUCUUUGAGAAACUGAUAGGCUUUCUGGGACAGCUUGCAGAUCUAGUGAUGUGUGACACUCUUCAUUUUCGAAUAAAAAUUACUCUAGAGGCAUUGCUUACCAUUUAUGUUCACUGCAGGGAUAUAUUGACAGAUUUGCUAAACCAAAAUGUCUUUGAAGAAGAUAAUUUUGAAUGGACAAGGCAACUGCGUUACAAAUGGGAUGACAGCCAGAAGACAUGCUUUGUAUUUCAAGGACAUGCAACCUUUACUUAUGGCUUUGAGUACUUGGGCUGCACCUCUAGGUUGGUUAUUACGCCUCUCACAGAUCAAUGCAGGUUAACCCUCACUAGUGCACUCCAUUUGAAUCUUGGAGGCUGUCGUGCUGGUCCAGCAGGCACAGGGAAAACAGAGACUGUCAAAGACCUGGCAAAAGCCUUGGGCAAACAUUGUGUGGUCUUCAAUUGUUUUGAAGAUUUGGAUUAUAAGAUGAUGGGAAAAUUCUUCUUUGGAAUAGUUCAAUCUGGAGCUUGGUGUUGUUUUGAUGAGUUCAAUCGAAUUGAUAUGGAAGUACUCUCUGUGAUUGCCUCACAGAUGCAAACAAUUAAGGCAGCUAAAGAUAAUCAUUCUCACAGGUUUUUACUAGAAGGAAAAGAUAUCCGAAUCAACCUGUCCUGUGCAGUCUUUGUCACCUUAAAUCCUGGAUAUAAAGGACGUGUGGAACUCCCAGAUAACUUAAAAUCUCUAUUUCGGCCAGUGAUGAUGAUGGUACCCCACUAUCAAUUGAUUGCUGAAAUAAUGCUGUUUGCAGCAGGUUUCAAAUCUGCAAAACCACUGUCAGCCAAACUCAUUAACCUUUAUGAACUAGCUAUGAAGCAACUUUCGUACCAGGAUCAUUAUGACUUUGGCAUGAGAGCUAUAAAGACAGUGCUAAUCAUGGCUGGCCGAAAGAAACAGGAGUACAGAAUGAACACCAGUGAAGAGCUUUCUGAAGAUGAAGUUCUGGUCAUUAUAUGGGCAGUGAGAGAAGCUAGUUUGCCCAAGUUUCUUCCUGAAGAUGUCCCACUUUUUGAAAGCAUUCUGGGAGAUAUAUUUCCCAAAGUUACAGCUCCAGAUGUGAAGCAGCCUAACUUGGAGAAAGCAAUAGAUAUGGCAACCCAGCAACUGGGCUUACAGCCUUGGCCAUCUCAGAAAAAGAAGGUUGUAGAGUUUUAUAAUCAAGUCCAGGCUUGUAUUGGUGUGAUGUUAGUAGGCCCCACAGGAGGAGGGAAGACUACAAUAAGAAAAAUUUUAGAAAAAGCUUUAAUUGUUUUACCAACUUUAAGCACAUCUACACCUGCAAAACAGGAAGGGACUCCACAGGUUACAGGAAAAAGAGGGAAAAUAGAAAUUUUCACUUUAAAUCCAAAAUGCAUUACUCUUGGUGAACUCUAUGGCCAAAUGGAUCUGAACAGUAUGGAAUGGUCUGAUGGAUUAUUGUCAUCAUCAGUGAGAAAGUUCGUACAUUAUGGCACUAAAAAGAAAACAAAGGAUACAGAGACUGAAGCAAAUUUACACAUUUCAGAUUUUUCUGAUAUUUUCAUGCUUGAUCCUAAUAAAAGAGAAGAGUUUACUCAUGUUGAAGAUGAGGAUGAGGAUGAAACAGAGAAAGAUGUUCAAUCUCCAGAAGAAAAUCAAAGCAUGACAAUUACAGAUUGGCAGUGCAUAGUGUUUGAUGGUCCAGUUGACACCAUAUGGAUAGAAAACCUAAACACUGUGCUAGAUGACAACAAAACUUUGCGCCUUGCUAACAGUGAGAGAAUCAUUUUAACUGAUAGCAUAAGGAUGAUUUUUGAAGUGGAUAAUCUCUCUCAAGCCAGCCCUGCUACUAUCACUCGAUGUGCAAUGGUCUAUGUGGAUCCUGCUGAUCUAGGAUGGGAGCCAUACGUUAAGACGUGGCUUGUAAAAGUUUCAAAAUUUCUUCCACAACAUGGCAUAGAAAAUCUUGAACGAAUGUUUAAAAAAAGUGUGGAAGAAGGCCUACACUUUUUAAGGAAGCAUAAUAGUACACAGCCUUUUUCUGUACAGGAAAUAUCAAUUUUAAUAAAUCUCUGCAGGAUUCUUGAUGCUUAUUUUAGUUUCAUGGAAAAGAACGGAAUUUUUGGGAAAUCUAUUGAACCGACUGUAACAUCAGAAACAAGCCCAACAAAUAAAUACGCUUUUAAAUUCAGACAGUCAGAGGCUGAUAAAGAAAAAAGAAGCUCUUCCCAAAAGGAAAGAAAGCCAAAGCGGUUUCUUCAGAGAAAUCCUGAAAAAUUAUGCUUAAUGCUUGAUAAGAUUUUUGUGUUUGCAUUUACUUGGUCCUUUGGAGGAACUUUGAAACAUGAAGAUGAACAUGAAGAUGAUAUCCUGUUUGGCUCAGAGCAUGGAUUAGCAGCUCUACAGAAAACAACCUAUGACUUUGACAACCUCAUUCAUGAAUUGUUUGAAGGAGAUCCACCAUACGGCAUCCGCUUGCCAGGAGGAGAGCGUUCUAUCUUUGGUUAUUUUGUGGACUUACAGAAUUGUGAUUUCAUACCUUGGUCAGACUUAAUUCCUACUUCAGAUAGUUUAAUUGAAGGAAAUUUAUACCGCUCUGGUUCUCAAACAUCCCUGGAUAAUAUAAUCAAGUAUAAUGAAAAUAUAGAGUUUAAUCAUCACUUUGCUACUAGAGAUACAAUAUCUUUCUCCUUUUUGAUGAGUCUUUUUAUAAAGAACAAAUAUCCUAUACUAAUUGCAGGAGAGACUGGUGUUGGGAAGACUGCUGUCAUUAACCAAAUGCUUGAGAGACUUCAGGGCCCAGGGGGAUUACAGAUAAAACUUGGAUCUAUUUUAGGAGAUGUUUUUUUGUAUAAAAGAAUGAAAAAAUCAAGCAGCAACAUUAUCAAUGGAACGGAGGCUUCCUUUGGACAAAACUGUCAUUGGUCUGAAAAGGAAGAAAGUGAAGAAACUCAAACUACACUGGCAAAAACCAUUAUUGUGUCCACAAUAAAAUUUAGCGCCAAUACAACCGCUGGCAAAACUCAGGAGUUGAUUCUUAAGAAAUUAAUACGAAAAAGUAAAGAUGUUCACGGAGCUCCCAAACACAGCUGGGUGACAGUAUUUAUUGAUGACCUGAAUUCACCAGUGCCAGAGGAGUAUGGGGCACAACCACCCCUGGAAUUGAUCAGACAAUUAUUAGAUUUAGAAGGGUUUUAUAAUACCGAACAACUUGCAUGGAAGAAUAUUCAAGAUAUCUCUGUGGUUGCAGCUUGUGGCAUUCCACUUGGUGGGAAAAGUGAUAUCAGUCCACGUCUCCUCAAACAUUUUUUUAUACUGGUAAUGCCUCAUCCUCCACAAUAUGCAUUAUUCACUAUUCUUCAGGCUCAUCUGGGAAUACACUUACACAACAAUUCCUUCCUCUCUGAUGUUCAGAAGUGCAGGCAGCAAUUGGUGGCAGUUUCCCUCUCUAUCUACUAUCACGUAUGUCACCAUCUGUUACCAACCCCAGCUAAGUGUCACUACAUGUUUAGUCUUUGGGAUCUAUUUAACCUACUCCAUGGAUUAUUACAAGCUAACAAGUCAGUUGUUGUGUCUAAAGAAACUGCUGCUCUAUUCUUUGUACAUGAAGCAACCCGAGUAUUUCAUGAUCGCUUAGUUGAUGCUGAGGAAAGAAAAUAUUUUUUCCAGCUUCUUUCAAGCGAACUAGAACUCUAUUUUGAGAUUUUAUGGCCCACAGACAAAAUAAUGAAUGAUUUACCUUUGUAUAUGGAUUUUUUGGAUAUAAACAAACCUCAUAAGAGAAAUCAGAACUGUAAUAACCAGAAAAAACUUGCAGAUGUGCUUUCUGAAUUCCAGCUCUCAUUGGGCUCAGCUGGUUUUGAGCUUUCCAAUUCAAUGGUGUCGUUCAAGGAAGCCACGGAACAUGUUUGCAGAGCUGCAAGAGUCCUUCGACAGCCAGGGAGCCACAUGAUCCUGAUUGGAAUGGAAGGAUGUGGAACAGAAACAUGUGCCACCCUUGCCUGUUAUUUGGGAGACUGCAAACUCUACAGAUUAUCCACAGCUCGCACUUACGGCCACCUGGAAUUCAGAGAAGACUCAAAACAAGUCUUUCUACAGACUGGACUAGAAGGAAAACCCAGUGUUUUGCUUAUUCUUGAUACACAUCUAACUCAGUCUGUUUUAGAAGAUUUGAACUCCAUUCUCAAUUCAGGAGUUAUGCCUGAUGUAUUUGAAAAUGAAGAGUUGGAUAAUAUAGCAGCAGGUCUCAAAAAUCUUGCUGAAGAAGAAGGUUGUGGUGAUAGCCGACAAGCUCUGCUUCUAUUCUUCCAAAAGAAUUGCAAAAAUCUUCAUAUUUUUAUGACUGUAAGUCCUGCAGGGCCCAAUUUCCGCCGAAAUUGUCGUGCGUACCCAGCCUUGAUUACUUGCAGCACAGUCGAUUGGUAUGAGAAGUGGCCUGAAGAAGCUCUUUUUACUGUAGCUGUGACUCAUUUAAAGCAAAAACAUGGCCUGGACACCCAAGAGGAUUUAAUACCAACACUCGCCCAAACGUGUGUUCAGUUCCACCGUAGUAUUGCUGAUAUUAAUACCAAAUUUCGGGAGGAAACUAAAAGACAUUAUUAUAUCACUCCAAGUAGCUAUCUGCACUUCAUAGAUACCUUCACACACAUCUUGAAAUCAAGGGAAAGGAAAAUGGUGAUCAAAAGGGAACGUUUUAAUAAUGGCCUCUCAAAGAUUCUGGAAGCAUCAACACAAAUUUCGAAAAUGCAUGAAGAGCUUCUCAUCCUCGGUCCUCAAAUAGAACAAAAAACUAAGGAAACAGAGAUCCUCAUGGAAAAAUUACGGAGAGACUCACAAAUUGUGCAGCAAGUACAGAUCCUUGUAAAAGGGGAUGAAGAACUGAUGGUUAAGGAAAUGCAAAUUGUAGAAGAGUAUUCUGAGAAAACACAAGAAGAGCUAAGUAAUGUGAUACCAGCUUUUGAAGAGGCAAUUAUAGCUCUGAAUGCCCUAGAUAAAAGUGCCAUAUCUGAAUUAAGAGUGUAUACACAUCCACCCUAUCUCGUCCUCAUGAAUGCAGUCUGUGUCCUUCUAGAAAAGAAACCUAACUGGGCAACUGCAAAACUACUCCUUGCAGAUCCUGGAUUCCUCAAAAAAUUGACUAACCUGGACAAGGACAGUAUACCUGAAAAGGCAUUUGCAAGACUGAAAAGAUAUUUAAAUUUACCUGAUUUCAACCCAACAAAGAUUUCUCAAGUGUCUGUUGCCUGUUGCUCCAUGUGCCAGUGGGUGAUAGCUUUAAAUAACUACCAUGAAGUACGGAAGAUGUUGCAACCAAAACAACGCCAAGUGGCUGAGGCUGAAAAAGUACUCUAGCUUGGUCGAGAAAAGCUGGCAGAAAAACAAAAGGGCUUAGAAUUGAUCGAAGAUCAUCUGCGAUCUUUACAACUUGCCUACAAUGACAGUGUUGCUGAAAAAGAAUUCUUAGCAGAUCGGAGACAGCUGACAACUAAACGCUUACAUAGCGCCUCCAUUUUACUAGCAGCUCUGGAAGAUGAGGGGAGUCGAUGGGAAGAAACAGUGAACUCACUAGACCAACGAUUGGAAGGAAUUGUGGGUGAUAUACUUAUUUCAGCAGCAUGCAUCGUCUACUUUGGAGUGUUCCCAACUGAGUACCACCAAUUAAUUGUAAAUGAAUGGGAAAAGAUCUGUACUGAAAAUAAUAUUUCUAAAUCUGCCAACUUCUCCUUAAUUGAUGUCAUGGGAAACCAGCACGAGAUGCGCCAGUGGCAUAAUCAAGGUUUGCCCCUUGGUCAGUAUUCAACAGAAAAUGCCAUCUUGGUUAAGAAUGGACUGAUGUGGCCUCUGCUAAUUGAUCCACAUAAACAAGCCUACAACUGGCUAAGUCAGAUGGAAGGUGGCCGACUGCAGGAGCUUGAUACUAGUGAAACUAAUUAUGUUACAGUAAUUGAAAAUGCUAUGAAAACUGGAGGAUGUGUUCUUUUAAAGAAUCUUCCUGAAACAUUAGAUCCAAGUUUAAAAUCGAUCUUAAAAAAGGACAUCUAUCAGAAAAGAGGACAACCUUUUGUCAAGAUUGACGAAAACGAGAUUGAAUACAACAACAACUUUAGGUUAUAUGUAACAACAGAACUAGGCAACCCACACUUUCUUCCAUCAGUUUAUAAUUACGUUACCAUGAUCAACUUCAUGGUGACAUUCCAAGGUUUGCAGGACCAGCUCUUAUCCACCGUCGUGGUUCAUGAAGUCCCUCAUCUAGAGGACCAAUGGUACCAGUUGCUAGAGAACAUUUCUGCUGACCUUUUAACCCUCUGGGAACUGGAGGAAAAAUCAUUGAUUUUAUUGCAGAAAUCACAGGGAUGUAUAUUAGAUGAUGAAGCUAUUAUAGAUAACUUUAAAAAAUCCAAACUGACAUCCACCGAAGUUUCAGAACGCAUCAAGGCAGCAGAAAAAACUGAAAGUGAAUUUCAGAUGACCCGUAAAAACUAUCUUCCCAUUGCAACACGAGGUGCCUUGUUAUAUUUUUUAGUAGCAGAUCUGGCACAGAUCAACUAUAUGUACCAAUUUUCUCUGGACUGGUUCCGGGAGACGUUUGUGAUGUCUGUAACCUACAAAUCUGAUGAUGUUGAAGAAACAUCUCAGUUUGCUUCAGUUUUAAGAAAAGUGCAAGUAUUUGAGAAAAUGCGGAAGUACCAAGACAAUAAGCCUGACCCUCUGAAGGACAGAGAUGGCUUUAAUAAUUAUAUUGCAGAUUUAGUCGAGGUAUUAACGGAAAGCAUUUAUAAGGUCGUUGCCUCAGCACUGUUUAAUGAAAACAAACUUUGCUUCUCCUUCCGGCUUUGCACCUUAAUCUUGCAAAAUAAUUGUGAUGGAUCUCAAAUCCUAAAUAGUACAGAAUGUUUGCCCGAGGAAGAAUGGAACAUCUUCUUGUACUCUAGCCUACUGAUAAAUAUUGAGGAGAAAUUACCCCAGAUUAAAAAUGGAGGUAAAAAAGCCGAGCAUCUUUUCUGGCUUUCUGAAUGCAGGUGGAAAGAGUGCCAGUUCAUCAGCCAUCACUUACAACCAUUUUCUCUUUUAUGUCAAUCUCUUAAUAAAUCACAAUGGGAUGACUUUAGGAGCUAUAAAGGUACAUAUUUAAUAAUACAAAAACCUUACACUUCUCCAAAAAAUCUUAAUCCAGAAAAUGAUUUGGAAGAACCAGAGUCUUGCGAAAUAAUCUUCCCCUGGGAGAAGCUCACUUCAUUUCAAAAACUUAUAAUGAUAAAAAUCCUUAAGCCAGAAUCCUUAAAUAAUUCCGUGCGAAAAUUUGUUACUGAAAACUUGGGAAGUAAUUAUCUUCAUACAGCUGGAAUUAAUUUAAAGGAAGUAUUUAGAGAAUCUAAUGCCAGAAUUCCACUAAUAUUCAUCCACUCUCAUGGAUUAGAUCCAACAACUCUCCUGCUGAGAUUUGCACAGGAGAUGAAAGGAAAUACAGAUGAUGUGACCAUGAUUUCUUUGGGAUGUGGCCAAGGAAUUAAAGCUGAAGAAAUAAUAUACAAGGCAAAAGUAAAGAAGGGCCAGUGGGUCUUCCUCCAGAACUGCCAUCUUGCUGCAUCUUGUAUGCCAAGACUUUGUGCGAUUGUUGAGACAUUUAAUUAUUCAAAACUAGACCCCGACUUUAGACUAUGGUUAAGCUCAAAACCGGACAGUUCCUUCCCCAUAGCAGUUCUGCAGAAGAGUUUGAAGAUGACAGUAGAAUCCCCCCAGGGUUUGAAGGCAAAUCUUCUUCAGUCAUUUGGGUACCAUUGCAGUGGAGAGAUAACAGAAGAAAUCUAUGAGAACACUGAAUGUGGACCAUCAUGGAAAAAACUUUUAUUCAGCAUCUCUUUCUUCAAUGCUGUAGUCAAUGAAAGAAAAAAGUAUGGAACAUUAGGCUGGAAUAUUCCUUAUGAAUUUAGUUCUUCAGACUUGGAGGUCACCAUCAAAAUGUUAGCAAUUCUCCUGGCCGAAAAGUCAGAAAUUCCUUGGGAAGCAAUACAUUACUUGACAGGAGAAAUAAUUUAUGGAGGCCGAGUGACGGAUGGCUGGGAUAGGCUUUGCGUACUAUCUCUCCUAAAGAAUUUUUGUAAUCCUGACGUGUUGAAGAAGGACUUCAGUUUUACUGAUGAUGGGAUGUACACCAUGCUACCUGACCGUGCAAACCUAACCCAUUGUAGGCAGUACAUAGAAUCCCUCCCGGAUUUUGAACUGCCCGAGGUCCUUGGAAUGCACCAACAGACUUCAAGGAUUUAUCAGGAAUCCCUGGCCCAAGACCUUAUUGACACAAUCAUUGCUAUGCAGCCAAGAAUUGCUAUUGCCAACAUAAUCACUGGGAGUAGAAAGAGCCAAGACGAACUGGUGCUGGAACUGUCAUCUGAAAUGAUCAAGCGAUUGCCUCUGACUGUAGAGAAGGAACCAGUGGUUACUGAAACCAAAGAUGUCAUUCCAACUACACUAUUAACCAUUAUCUCAAGUUCCAUUUGGGUUAGACUUAAUAGAAAUGUCCAAGAUGAGAACUAUUAUGAUCCCCUCCUCCAUUCUGCCUUGUUAACAUUCCUUUGUCAAGAAAUUAGUCGAUUUGAUAAGUUACUAGCCCUAAUCCACCAGUCACUGAAAGAACUCCAGGGAGCUGUCAGAGGUGAAACCACCAUCAACCAGAAACUGGAAGAGAUCUAUGAUUGUCUCAUUAAUAACAAAGUACCUGACUUAUGGCAGCGAGCUUCUUAUGAUACUGGAAAGGUGUUGUCUGCCUGGAUCACCUUUCUCCUCCAACGACUGGCAUUCAUCGACAGCUGGGCAAAACUGGCCUACGACGCUAUAUAUUUUCGAUAUACCAAAAUGACUACAGUUUGGAAGCAUUACUUUCCAACUCAAAGAAAAAAAUAUGAAGAGAAAGAUAGUGAAAAAGAGGCAGAUCCUGCUAACUCCUUUCCCACCCGAUUCUGGCUUCCAACUUUCUUCUUCCCACAAGGUUUCUUUACGGCUGUGCUGCAGAAUUAUGCAAGAUCCAAAAAAAUCUCUGUAGACUCUGUUAGUUUUAGUCAUCAUGUAAUCAGUGAUCCCCAGGACGAAACACUCUCUAGAAGUCUCCCAUUUAGAGAGUACAUGCUGAAGAAAGCAUUUAAGGACAUUAAACGUAACCAAGUUGGAGUUAUCAUUUUUGGUUUAUAUAUGGAAGGAGCAAAAUGGAACCUAGAAGAAAAAUAUCUGGAUGACCCGCUGCCUCGAGAGAGAUACUCUGAUUUUCCAGAAAUACAUUUUUUGCCCGAAAAGAUUUCCACUCCAAUGGGUAGUCUCAAGGAUGUCUUCAUAAAACAGAAGCUUUAUGAAUGUCCAGUUUACCGGACCCCUCAGAGGACAGAGUCUGUAGCCUCUCCUAGCAUAUUUACCAACUUCAUAAUGUCAGUGUUUUUGCAAACACAGAAGCCUCCCCCUCACUGGAUUACAAGACGGGUGGUAUUGCUAUGUGAACUCAAUGAAUGAAAGAAAAUGUCCUUCCUAUUUAUCCUUAGCCCAGCAAGAUUUAGCAUCUGAGAAGAAGCACCAGGCCAAAACAUAAAACAGAAGUUGUAUGUUAGAAAGCAGGUCGUGAGCAUCUUCAAUAAAUAUUUAACACAUAUGUGUCCAUUUCAGUAAAGCCCCACGAAAUUUUCCCAAACCAUCCCUUAAC